AUGGGAUACCACGAUACUUUCCAGGGAUUAUUUGUGCGAUUCACGGAAAUGACCUGCGAAAGCAAGGAUCUCAGCAUGGGGAAAGUGGAAUACUGCGAGGUAAAGUCCCUGAACAAGAACAACAACAGCAUCAGAGUACGUUUCAGCUUGCUUCAGCCAGUCUUAAAUAAUAUAGGGUUCCACUUGCAGCUAAUGACAAAGGGCAGCCAAAGUAUUAACGGAGCCCCCAACUGGCAGCCCUUAUUGUACGCCAUGAACAUCGACAUGUGUCGCUUUUGGAAGAAUAACUACUUGGCCAGGAUAGUCUUCGAACUCAUAGAGGGACACUCGAAUCUUAACCACAGUUGCCCCUAUUCGAAUUACGUUUAA